GCUGUGCAGCUUCUCCGGUUGGUCUGAGAGCAGAGGCCAAGAGGUGGCCGACGUCCUACCCAGGCCAGGAGGCACUAUCUUGGGAUAACUGCUGCCUUCCAUCCCCCUGACGUCCACGGUCUCAGGAACUCCUGGUUUAAGGUAUCUCUGAACUGAUGCAGUGCUGAUAUCAGCAGUGACAGGACGUGCGACUCAGAGCUCUCUCUCUCUCAUCACACAGAUACACAGAAGCCACCAUGACUUCCAAGAUGGUCAUCAAUCAGCCUCAGCCUGUGAUGGAUUCCCGAGAGUCCGAGGAGUGGUCAUCUGGGAUAUGUGACUGCUGUGACGACGUGCCCCAGUGUUGUUUUGCUUUCUGGUGCUUUCCCUGCUUCACCUGUAUAACUACCGAAAAAUAUGGCGAGUGUCUCUGUCUCCCUCUGCUGGACGGCCACGGCCUCAUCCCUCCCAUCAAUAUGUCCAUGAGGGUCUCCAUGCGGCAGCGCUACCGCAUCAAAGACACCAUGUGUAAAGACUGUCUGUACUCCACCUUCUGUUAUUCGUGCUCCUGGUGUCAGAUGGCCCGAGAGAUGAAAACCCGAAACAUCCCCAUCGUUCUGGUCAGUGCCAAGCACUCAUAACGACCAUCUCCACCCGGGCUGUCCCAUCUUCCAGUUAACCACAACCUGCAACUAACUUAUUAACAUGUUAUUAUAACUACACUUUAGAAUGAAGCCCAUUGAGAGAAACUAAUGAUUUAAAAAUAUACAGCCUAAAGUGCUCAUGUCGCUGACUGAAAAUCUUGAGCUAUAAAUUUCUGUAAUUCUGUAAUUUCUGUAAUUUCUUUAUUGAGUUGUUUAUUUUUAAGAGGGUUGAUCUAAUAACUCUCCAGCAUCAUUAAAGUUCCUACUGCAAGACAUUA